UGGGACGCUGAAAGCCAGCGUUGAGCGUCGUCGCGUGACGUCACUUGACGCUUGCGUCAAGAAAGAGAAGUUGGAUAUUUCCAACUUCAAGCGUCGAAACAGCGCAAGCAGCGUUGAGCCAGUAUAAUACAUGUGUAAUAAUCGCGCGAUAGAAAGGUUUUGGUGUAUUUCAAACAAAUAAACAUGGAAGAUGACUUUAGAAUUGUACACACUUGCGGAAUAUGCGAGGAAAUAUGUGAAGUCGAAAACUUUAAAAGUCAUUCCUGCUUGGAAGGAUACAAUAAUUACAUGAUUGAUGAAAAUACUUUAUAUUUUUAUCCAGUAUUAGAUGAUGGGACUACAAUUAUUAGACGCAGUGAAAUUAAUAAUCAGGAGAAAAUAGUAGCAGAACCAUUUCAACAAGUACGUACGUCAACUACAUUAAAUAAAACUAAAACAAGUAAAAGAACAUCAAAAUUUAAUUUUGACGACGAAGAAACGUUGAUACUCGAGGUACAAAACAGACCUUCACUAUGGAACUAUUCAUUAUCAUUAAGAGAGCGAAACGGAAAACUAAAAAAGCAAUGUUGGGAGGAAAUUGCUCAAAUUUUUAACGGAAAAUUUAGUACAGAAGAAUUAAAAAUCAGAUUUAAAUCACUUCACGACACAUAUAGAAAAAUUAUUCACUCGGAACAUCAGGCAAGUGGAUCUGCUCGACAAGACAUAACGAAAAAGUGGUCUCAUUAUGCAUCCAUGCAAUACCUUCGUGAUUCCUGCUUGUAUAAAACGACUAUGUCUAACAUUGGAAUUAAUGAAAGGAUACAUAAUCCAUCAAGUGCAAAUGAUGACGAAGAUAAAUUAGAAAGUAUUCAAACAGGUAUUGGAAAAGGUUUUUAUACACUGUUAUUAAAACAUAAGGACACCAAUGAAGACUCAACCGAAAGAAGAAAAAAACCGAGAAAAGAGGAAACUACAAAUGCAAUCGAAAGAAUUGCCGAUGCUAUUUGCCAACCUAAUGAUUUUCUUUUACCUUCACCCCCUAUGCCGGAUGAAAUAGAUUCUUUUUUGUCUACUGUAGGACAUCGUUUAAGACGAAUGUCGCCUCGAGUACAAUUAGAUUUAAUGCAAGAGAUAUUUGACAUUACAUAUAGAGCAUUAAUAAGUAAAAAUGCGUAAAAAAUAUAUAUAACUUUUUUAAACGUGCAAAGUAAGAUAAAAAUAUUUUUGUUUUUGUUUUUUAUUAUAAUUAUUUUAUUUUAAAAUUUAUUAGGCAUAUGUGA